UGCUCACUGAAAGUCCAAUAAUUGCUAAUGGCGGGUACUGUACGAAACAUGCGUAUUUUAAGCUAGUGUUUGCCAACUACUUGCUAACAAAACUGUGAAUUUCAAAUUAUUGCUCGGGGUGUGUCCGGGAGCAUCUCCGCGGAUAAACGCAGCGGAAGGAACUGAAUUAGAGCCCCAGGACUUUGCUACUGUUGUCAUCAUGUGGCGGCUUCUCUUCAACUACUGACACAAACUGAAAGUGGGCAGGAAGACGGCGUGUGCUCCGAGUUGAGGAGUAACCGAAGUCUUGGCCAUGCUAGCUCUCCUCACCGUCCUUCUCCACGACUACUGCACGGUUGCCCCACUUAAUGUGACCCGGGAAGUUUAGCUAGGACAGAAACUCUGCGUUCAUUCAUUCUGCCUUUGGUUUCCUUGCCAGUGAAUCUCAGUAAAAAUUUCAAUGAAUGAAACGAUGAAGCCGCUUAAGUCAUUACUGUUGGCGCUGCUGCUGCCGUCACUAUUAACAAUUACUCGAGUCAACGGGUCCUCGAAGCUAAAUAUCCCCAAAGUGUUGCUGCCGCUUGCAAGGAGCACAAGAAUUAACUUCACAUUGGAAACUACCGAGGGCUGCUACAGAUGGUCUUCUACCAGACCCGAGGUAGCGAGCAUCCAGGCUGUGUAUGAAGAUGGCGACAGAGGCUGCUCCAGGAGUGCGGUUCUUCAGGCUCUCUCCACACAGCCCUCCAGACUCACCAGCAUCAUUUUAGCUGAGGAUGUUGUAACAGGACAGGUACUACGCUGUGACGCUAUUGUCGACAUCAUCAGUGAGAUCCAGAUAGUGUCCACCACCAGAGAGCUACAUCUGGAGGAUUCACCGCUGGCGCUCAGAAUCCAUGCACUGGACUCUGAAGGCAACACCUUCAGCACCCUUGCAGGUCUAAUGUUUGAUUGGACCUUUGUGAAAGACGUAGAUGUGAAUGGAUUCUCUGAUUCAUACAAUUCAUUACGGGUACUAAAAUUCUCAGAGUCCACAUACACCCCCCCUGCAUACAUAUCUGAAAUGGAGCGUGUUGGGAAACAAGGCGAUAUUAUUCUGGUGUCAGGACUGAAGACAGGACAUGCCAAGUUGAAAGCCAAAAUACAAGAGUCACUGUAUAAGGAUGUGGGUGCAGCCGAGGUGAGGCUGCUGAUUUUAGAGAACAUCAUGCUGAGCCCCGCGCAUGACGUCUACUUGCUGGCGGGAACUUCCAUCCGAUACAGAGUCCUGAAGAUAAGACAGGGCACAAUCACAGAGCUCUCGAUGCCUUGUGAUCAAUAUGAAUUGCACCUUCAGAACAGUGUGAUUGGCCCUAAUGGAAACCCAGAUGUUGCUGUGGCCAGUCUGGAUCAAAGCACCUCCACAGUUACAGCCGUUCAGCUGGGACACAUUAACGUGGUGUUGGAUCAUAAGAGCCUUCGAAUGCAAGGAGUGUCUCGCCUACCCAACAGCACCCUCUACGUUGUUGAACCAGCCUACCUAGGUUUUAAAAUUCAACCAGGAGACAGCUGGGUCCUGGAAACAGGCAGAGAAUACGAUAUCUCCAUCGAAGUAUUUGAUAAAUCCGGCAACAAAAUUUACCUCUCUGAUAAUGUCCGUAUCGGGACCGGUUUCCCCGCUGAGUAUUUUGAAAUCCUGAAGUCUUCUGUGAACGGAUCACAUCAUCACGUCCGAGCACUCAAAGAAGGCCUCACGCUCAUCGAUGCCACCCUGAACGCUGUUGUGGAUGAAAGUGGAAGGACCCAUGCACUCGCCAACCCGGUCCACAAUGAGCAGGAUGUGGAAAUCUAUAACCCUAUAGUACUUAGUCCCAGUAUUCUCACAUUUCCAUGGCAGCCCAAAGUUGGAGCUUAUCAGUACACAAUAAAGGCGACAGGAGGGAGUGGAAAUUUCAGCUGGACUUCCUCCAAUACUGCAGUGGCAACAGUGACCGUGAAAGGAGUGAUGACUACAGUCAGUGAUAUUGGUGUCAGUGUAGUUUAUGCUCAUGAUCUACGCAACCCACUGCACUUUGGCCAGAUGAAGGUCUAUGUUGUCGAGCCCGUUGCCAUGGACUUUGCCCCUUGUCCAGUAGAAGCCAGGUUGGGCCUGGUUCUGGAUCUGCCCCUCAGGAUUUUUGGCGUCCUGGAGGAGGUGGAGAAAGAAAAGGUCAUGUUGAGUGACUGCUCCCACUUUGAACUGCUGGUGGAGGAGGAGAACCAUGGGGUCUUUGAACUAUUAGCCGGGAGGUUGGCUCCUGGCCAGGACCACUGCAGUGGAGUGAGAGCCAAGGCCCUGGCCCCCGGGUACACUAUGCUCACUGUCAGCUACACACACGGCAACGUUCACCUCAGUGCCAAGAUCACCAUCGCUGCCUAUCUUCCUCUCAGAGCUAUUGACCCUGUGUCUGUGGCUGUGGUGACCCUGGGAUCAUCUAAAGACAUGUUGUUUGAAGGCGGGCCCCGGCCCUGGGUUUUAGAGCCCUCCAAGUUCUUCUGCAGUUUGAGAGCUGAGGAUGAGGCCAGUCUGAGCCUGACUCUGACUAGUCCCUCCUCCCACAACUAUAAUCAGCACUGGGUCAGAGCUACCUGCAAGGCUCUAGGAGAGCAGGUCUUGGAGGUGAUGGUAGGGAACAAGCCCAGUGUGACCAACCCUUACCCUGCUGUGGAGCCUGCGGUGGUGAAGUUUGUAUGUGCACCUCCGUCCCGCCUCACCCUGCUCCCAGUGUAUACCAGCCCCCAGCUGGACCUGACUUGCCCACUGCUGCAGCAGAACAAACAAGUGGUACCGGUUUCAAAUUACCGAAACCCCAUCUUGGACUUGGCUGCUUACGAUCAACAAGGAAGGAAGUUUGACAACUUCAGCUCUCUGAACGUGUUGUGGGAAUCAACAAAGGUGUCGUUGGCCAGUAUUGAACCCACUAUGCCCAUGGAGCUUCAGCUGCACAAGGAUAGCAACAAACAGAAUAAACUUCACGGACGCCAGACCGUUCUUGUCCAUCAGCAGACGGGCAUUGCUGCCAUUACAGUGACUGCUCUGCAUUACCAAACGUCACAUCUAGCAGCAGCCAAAGUUCCCAGUCCAUUUGAACCCUUGACCCCUGUGUCAGCCACUCUGGAGCUCCUGUUGGUUGAAGAUGUGAAGGUUUCUCCUGACACAGUCACCAUAUAUAAUCACCCAGAUGUGCGGGCAAACUUGGCCCUGCGAGACGGCUCAGGGCACUUUUUUGUCAACACCAGUGUCAAAGGAAUAGCAAAUGUUGUUUACCAGGAGGCCCAAAGCACAGCUCAGGUUUCUCCCAUCCAUCCGGGCAUGGUGUCUGUGAUGGUUCAUGACCUUUGCCUGGCUUUUCCAGCACCUGCCAAAGCCACAGUACAUGUUUCUGAUAUUCUGGAGGUUUAUGUGAGAGUGGUUGACAAGGUGGAGAUUGGAAAAUCCGUGAGAGCUUAUGUCAGAGUCUUGGAUGAUAACAAGAAGCCCUUCCCAGCCAGCUAUUUCCAAUUCAUGAAUCUUAAACUCAAGUCCGCUUCUGCUAUAGUCUCUCUAAAGCCGUUAGCCGAGUCCACAGAAAAUGACACAGCUGUUUUCCUGGUGAAAGGUGUCGCUAUUGGUCAGACCACUUUAUCAGCGGUGGUCGUGGAUAAGAAUGAUAGAAAAAUUGCUUCCACGCCGCAGCAGAUUGAGGUAUUUCCACCGUUCAAACUCAUCCCCAGGAAGAUGACUCUGUUGGUCGGAGCAAUGAUGCAGAUCACAUCUGAGGGUGGACCUCAACCUCAGUCCAAUAUCCUUUUCUCCAUUUCCAAUGAGGAAGUAGCCUCCGUUAAUGUCAUGGGCCAUGUCAGGGGCAUUGCUAUUGGUAAUGUUACCGUGACUGGACUCGUCCAAGCUGUCGAUGCUGAGACUGGGAAGCUGGUCGUUGUGUCUCAGGAUCAAGUAGAAGUUGAAGUUGUAGUUUUGACUGCCAUUCGAAUCCGAGCGCCUAUCACGAGAAUGAAGACAGGAGCGCAGAUGCCUGUAUAUGUGAUGGGCCUGACCAACAGUCAGACACCAUUCUCCUUUGCCAAUGUGAUACCUAGUCUCACCUUCCACUGGUCCACCACCAAGAGAGAUAUCCUGGAUGUCCAGCCCCGACACGUUGAGGGUAACAUGGAGCUUCAGCCACAGCAUAACUUUGGUAUGAGAGUGACUGGAAGAACGAGAGGGCGCACGGGCCUGAAGGUGGUGCUCAGGGUUACUGACCCCGUGGCUCGGCAGCUGGUGGGGAAUCUGCAAGAGCUCAGAGAUGAGAUCCAGAUCCAGGUCUAUGACAAGCUGCACAUGCUUAAUCCUGAAGUGGAGGCUGAGGAGCUACUGAUGGCUCCAAACUCUGCGCUCAAGCUCCAGACUAACAGGGAUGGUGUGGGAACGCUCUCGUAUCGGAUGCUGGAUUGCCCGGACAACGCUGUUAUUGCUCAAGUGGAUGAUAAGGGCUUCAUCUUCUCUGGCUCGCUCACUGGCAUCUCCUCUCUGCUGAUCACCUCACAGGAGACCUUCGGUGUGAAUCAGACUCUCAUCCUUGCUGUGAAGGUCGUGCCUGUCUCUUACCUCCGCUUCAGUACCAGUCCAGCGCUCUACACACACACCAGAGAGCACCUGACAGCCUUCCCUCUGGGAAUAGUGCUCACCUUUACUGUUCACUUCCAUGCCAGCACUGGGGAGGCUCUACACAGCUCCAACUCCCACCUUAUAUUUUCCACAAACAGGGAUGACCUUGUCCAGGUGGGGGCGGGGCCUGAUAACCACACCUUGACCGUGAGAACCGUCAAUGUCGGCCUCACCCUUCUUGCGGUGUGGGACAGUGAAAACAUGGGCGUGGCGGACUAUGUUCCGAUUCCCGUGGAGCAGUCCAUCUACCUGCCCGACGCUCAGAAACUGGUGGUGGGAGAUGUCGUCUGUCUCUCUGUCCAUCUGACUGGACCAGAUGGUAACCAAGGUACUUGGAGCUCCUCUGCAAAUGACAUCCUUCAGGUGGACCCUAAGAGUGGUACAGCUGUGGCCAGAGACUCUGGGACAGUGACCGUGUACUAUGAGAUAGCUGGUGUUUUGAAAACAUACAGAGAGGUCGUAGUGGAGGCGCCCACCAGGACGGCAGCUAUGGCGCAGGCUACACCUGUCAGGCACGGCAAGGAGACGAGGGUCCUGCUGACUACCAGAGAAAGAGGAACCAACCUCAUUGGAACCUGUUCUCCUACCCAGACUGAGGCUAUUUCACUGCUACAACCAGAAACGUCUGUGAACUGCCAGCUCAGCUUUACCAGUGACACUGUUGACUUCCCGGCUAAUGAUGUCUUCAAAACACAAGUCAGCUUUGACUCCGGUCUCGGCCUCUACACAUGUUCCAUGACCUUGCAACCCAUGACUGACCACCAGACCCGUGUGCUCAGCAUGUCCAUGGCCAACCUGAUGGUGAAGGCAGGCCUGGAGGGCACUGCCUUCUCUGGGGAGCAAGUCGGCACCAGGCUGCCCAUAGAGCCGGGCCUCUACGUGGACCAAACUGAGCUGCUGCUCUCAAACUUACACCCAUCAGCCGAACUCACCGUCUAUGGCCCUAUUUCUGCCUUGACUACCAUGGAGGUGGUGCCUACGUCUCUCAGCAUUGUUGUCCAAGAGAAGGAGGUACAACAUGACUUCCCCAGUUACUCCAAGUACACCGUCAGUGCUGUGGACCUUCAGUCGGCAGCUUCUGCCUCCAUUUCCAUCAGCAGCACUUCAUCUGGUCAAAGUCUCAUCGUCCCCGUCACUUUGAUUCACGUAGCCGACGCCAGCGCUAGCAUGCAAGCAGCUGCUCCUCCUGUUAGUACCAUGGAGGGGGGGCACUCCCUGCACAGCUUCAUAAACUCCUACCAGAUGAUGUUCUGCACCCUGUUCGCUCUGCUGGCUGGUACAGCUAUCAUCAUCAUCGUCUUCCACUCUGCAUUCUCACCGAGACAACAACCAUAUCACUCUCCUUUCAUCCAGAGGACGCCACUGUCCAUGCCAGCUUUAGACUCUCCAGGAUCGAGCUCCUUCAGCCACAUGAAUCAGUCGGUCGGCAUGCCCUCAACCAACAGCCCCAGGCGGCAUCUCUACUCUCCAGCCUCCUCCGCCUACAGGGCCUCAUGAAGCCCUCCGCGUGGUUUCUGCUCUUCUAACGUAGAGCACCGUUAAUGCGUAAAGAAUGUGCCUCCGUCCCUCAGGAAGGAAUGCUGUGGGAUCUGAAAGCGAAAUUUCUGUUGUGUUUUAUUCAAAUGUUUGUUCAGAUGCUUUCAGAAUAUCAGAUAAUUUAAAAGGUGAUUCAAAAUAAUAACAGGGCUAUUUCCAGUUUUCUUUGUAUGCUUCUGUGUGUAUGUAUAAAUUAUAUGCGUGUACACAACUAUACAUAUACUAUAUGUAUUGCUGUGGUUUAGUGUGGAAAUAGUUUUCAUACAGGACUUCUCCUCAUUAUUAACUGACAUCUUUUAUGGAGUGAUUGAAUACCAAAUUGCUAGAUUAUGCUUGAAAAGUUGCUUUUUGUGUUUGACAUUUGCUUAGUUGACAUAUCUGACAUGUGACGUUUGGUAACUCAGGAUAAACCACUUUCAUGUAAGACAAAAGACAAACAUUAACUUGAACAUAUUUAUUUGUAUGAGCAGAAAAUGUCCUUUUGUUACGUUGUAUCUUAAACAAAGAAAGCCGUCCACUGAAGCCGUCCUCCUCAAGGUUUGAUAAACCCUUCGAAUGUGCAUAAUUGUAACUAACCUGGAAAUGGUUGGUCUAUUUCUGUUCAAGGCAUUUUUUUUAUGGGAAUGGGAAUUUUAUUUUUCCCAUGACCGAGUUUUUGAGCCACAGCACAUGCAGCUCUUGUCUAAUUCAUUAAUGUGAAACAGUCAAUGUGAACAAUAAUUCAGUUUUUAUCCCAGCGUUGCUUCAUUGCAAAAAGCACUGAAAUGUAUCCUGGUCUCAUUUCUGAAAAUGUUCCUGCUCCUGUUUGUUCUCGUGGCCCACAUCUCUGAACAGAGAUUACUGUAGCGCUGUUGAAUUGCUGGAAGGCCAGUGUGUGACUUUGUUUUAAAAUGCCAUACUGUAUUUUUGUAUUUGGAAAACGCUGACAAGGAUUUGUAUUUAUGAUAGCUAGUUAAAGAUUCAUAGCCAUGCCUUAUAAGCGCAUCUGAACAGCUUUCAGCACGUAAUACAGACAUGUUUGGUUUGUGUGAAUAUCCUCCUGCCUUUGCUAAUUAAAGUUUUUACUUUUUAUGUUCA